AUGGCGGAGACAGCGGUUUGCUCUCUUAUAGACAAGCUAAUUCCACUAUUGGCUGAAGAAGUGAACUUGUUGAGAGGUGUUCAUGGAGAAGUUUCAGAAAUCAAUAGGGAACUUGUGUUCAUUCGGGCUUUCCUCAAGGAUGCUGAUCAAAAGGCAGAAGUCGAAGGUGACAUUGGCGAUGGCGUUAAAGCAUGGGUUGAAGAGCUAAGAGAAGUCGCAUUGAAAAUAGAAGAUGUUAUUGAUGUGUAUAUAUAUCACAUGACGAUAAAUCAUCCUGAUCGGCAUCGAUUCAUUGCUUUCCUCAGUAAAAUUGCUUGCUUUGUCACAAAACUAAAACCGCAGCAUCACAUUGCGACACAAAUACGAGAGAUCAAAGAAACCAUUCGAGGUAUUAAGGACAGAAGUACAAGGUAUGGCUUUGAUUCUCUACAACAAACACCCAUGAGUGAUGUGCCUCAACGAUGGAAUGACCCUCGUAGGGCAGCCUAUUUCCUUAGAGAAGCUGACGUUGUGGGUAUUGAAUCUCCUAGAAAUGAAUUGAUUGAAAUUUUGAAAACACAUUCUCCAGAACGCAUUGUGAUUUCAAUAGUUGGGAUUGGGGGUUCAGGAAAAACUACUCUCGCCAAACAAGUUUACAAUUAUGUAAAAAGAGACUUUGAUUGUCAUGCUUGGAUUACAGUUUCAGAACCAUACAGUGCAAAGGAGCUACUAAGAAACCUAAUAAGGAAGGUUUACGAAGCAACUGAAGCAUCCGCUCCAGUAACUAUUGAUACAAUGGAUGAGCAAUCACUAACAGAGCAAUUGAUAAAGUACUUGCAGAACAAAAAAUAUUUUAUUGUUUUCGAUGAUGUCUGGUAUAAAGAAUUUUGGGGAGAUGUAAAUUUUGCUUUACCAGAAAAUGGUGGAAGGAUGGUGAUCACGACAAGGAAGAAAGAGGUUGCUAAUUUUUGCAAAAGAUCAGUAUCUUCCGUCCAAGUCCAUUCGACGGAACCUGGUCGGUGUUGUCCUGCCAACUUAGAAUAUUGGUCUCGCGAGAUUGUUGCAAGUUGCCAUGGGUUACCCCUUGCAAUUGUCGCCAUUGCUGGUCUUCUGUCAACUAAAAACAAGGUCCCUUAUGAAUGGCAAAAGUUUUAUGAAACCCUCAGGUCGGAGUUGGUCAAUCAUUCUGAUCUCAAAAGCACAACAAAAAUACUAUCACUCAGUUAUACUGAUUUACCUUACUACCUCAAAUGUUGCAUAUUGUACUUUGGAAUUUUUCCAAAGGGCUAUUCCAUUAGACGCGGCAGAUUAAUUCGCCAGUGGAUAGCGGAGGGUUUUGUGAAACCUCAAACGAACAAAAGCUUGGAGGUUGUUGCAAAAGAAUACUUAUUUGAGCUAAUAGAUAAAGGUUUAGUUGAAAUAUCAAAGGCAAACGAUGAAGGGCAAGCAAAGAGUUGUCGUGUUCAUGAUCUUCUUCAUGUUGUCAUCUCACAAAAGAUGAAAGAAUCAAGAUUUUGCCGAGUUUUAUCAGAUAAGUCACCACCUUUUGAAGGAGUUGCUCGUCGUCUAUCAAUAAUCUUUAGCUCAGACAAAAAUUUGCAAGAAACUGAAAUUUCCGGGGUUCGUUGUCUUUUUAUGUUCAAUGGGAAUAAUGAGAUGCUCAAUUCUACUGUUAAUGCACUUGCCACAAGUGUCAAGCUCCUAAAAGUACUUGAUUUUGAAGACGCUCCUUGUUUAGAUCAUCUCCCUGAAGAUAUUGGAGACUUGUUUCACUUGAGAUAUUUAAGUGUGCGUGAUACAAAAGUGAAGCUGCUCCCAAAUUCCAUAGGAAAAUUGGUAAACUUGGAGACUUUGGAUCUAAAGCGAUCAUUGGUUUAUGAAAUUCCUGCAAGUAUUAAUCGGCUUAGUAAGUUACGUCAUCUUUUUGGCUGGAGUUUUGUCAACAACACUGAACUCUUUUCUUUCGACAGAAUAAGAGGAAUAAAAAUACAGAAAAUCGAGUGCUUCAAACACUUGCAGAAGUUAUACAGCAUUGAGGCCAACAUCGACGGUGCUUGUACAAUAGAAGAGCUUGGAACUUUGACGCAGUUAAGAACAUUGGGCAUUUGGAAAGUUAGAAAUCGAGAUGGAAAAAGUCUAUGUGGUUGCAUUGAGAAAAUGAAAUACCUCGAAUCCCUUAUAGUGAGAUCGAUAGGUGAAGAUGAAACACUUGAUUUAGAUUCCAUUUCACAUCCCCCCGAAUUUCUUCGCCGUCUCUAUUUACUGGGUCCUUUAAUGACAUUGCCGAGGUGGAUCAUGAAACUUCAAAAUCUUGCUAAGAUUGUAAUUCGUUUUUCGAAAUUCGGAGAUGAUCCAUUGAAAGUCCUUGGUAAUCUGCACGAGCUAGUGCAGCUUGAGAUCGUCGAUGAUGCAUUUGUCGGUGAACAACUACACUUUAGAGAAGGUGUCUUCCCAAAACUUAAGGUGCUCCGACUUCACGGCUUGAAAUGGUUGAGUUCAUUGAUAAUAGAGGAAGGAGCAUUGCGCGCCCUGGAAAAGCUUGUCUUGGGGCCUUCUCCACAAAUGAAGGAGGUGCCAACUGGCAUAAAACAUUUAAGAAAUCUUAAACUCCUACAAUUCUUCGACAUGGCAGAUGAAUUCGUGGCAAGUGUGAAUCCAAAUGGAGGACACAGUUAUCAUAUCGUUCAGCAUGUAGUACCAUUUGUCUUUUUCCGUUAUGCUGAUGACCAAGUCUACCGUCUGCACGAUUCUGGUCUCCAACAAUUGUGA